UGUGACGUCACCAUGCGCGCCGCAUUGUGUUGCCUGGUAGCGAUGGCGACUAACUUGGAGUCCUCAGCGGAGGACCCGCUGCGGAGCUUUGUGAGAACUUUGGAGAAACGGGAUGGCACAGUGUUGCAAUUCCAGCAGUAUGGCUCUGGCAGCGUGGGCUGCGUGGUUUGGGAUGCUGCCAUUGUCCUUUCUAAAUACUUAGAAACGCCUGGGUUUUCUGGAGACGGGGCCCACACGCUGAGCCAACGGUCAGUGCUUGAAUUGGGCUCUGGCACAGGGGCCGUGGGGCUUAUGGCCGCUACUCUCGGGGCAGAUGUUGUAGUCACCGACCUUGAGGAAUUGCAAGACUUGCUGAACACGAAUAUUAAUAUGAACAUGCACCUUGUCACUGGUUCGGUUCAAGCCAAGGUACUGAAAUGGGGGGAAGAAACAGAAGAUUUUCCUUCUCCACCAGACUACAUACUGAUGGCCGACUGCAUAUACUAUGAGGAGUCUUUGGAGCCAUUGCUGAAAACCUUAAAAGAUCUUAGUGGAUCAGAGACUUGUAUUAUAUGUUGUUAUGAACAGCGAACAAUGGGGAAAAAUCCAGAAAUUGAGAAAAAAUAUUUUGAGCUCCUUCAACUGGACUUUGACUUUGAAAAAAUUCCUUUGGAGAAACAUGAUGAAGAAUAUCGAAGUGAAGACAUUCAUAUUUUAUACAUCAGGAAAAAAAAAUCGAAAUUUCCAUCAUGAAUCCUUUCACUAUCUUAUCCAAGUCUCAUAACAACCUGGAUAACUUGAAGAUGUGAAAGAAGCAUGUGAAUACAGCCUGGGAAGAUUGUAUGCAUGGAUUUUACCAGCAUGUCCUUAAAGAUCUAAUACAUAGAUGGCAACCACCAUGGACUGCCUGC